GUGAAGAAAGGGUUCACAUUUUUUGAACGAUUCAUGGCCUGAAACAAACAGAAGAGGCCAAAAUAAAGAUUAAAAUAGAAUAGCAGAAUAUCGUGUUGAUCCAAAAUGAAUUACAUGCCAGGGACAGCGAGCCUCAUCGAGGAUAUCGAUAAGAAACACCUUGUGCUCCUCCGAGAUGGAAGAACGUUGAUCGGGUUUCUAAGAAGCAUCGACCAGUUUGCUAAUCUGGUUUUGCAUCAAACUGUGGAGCGUAUACACGUGGGCAAGAAAUACGGGGACAUUCCAAGAGGAAUAUUCAUAGUCCGUGGAGAGAACGUCGUUCUCCUUGGAGAAAUUGACCUGGAGAAAGAGAGCGACACAGUCUUAAAGCAGGUGUCUAUUGAGGAGAUCCUGGAAGAGCAGCGAGUGCAACAGCAGGCCAAAUCGGAGGCAGAGAAGGCCAAGCUGCAGGCCCUCAAAGAGAGAGGACUGUCCAUCCCCAAGACAGAUGUGCUGGAUGAAUAUUGAUACACCACUUUUUUUUCCCCCUUAAUCGUACUGUUCUUCUUCAACUGACAUUAUGGCAAACCCUGGGAAAAGAUACAGGGAAAGAAAAAAAGGUUGGGAAUGGUUUUCCAAAAAUGGAAUGAGAAGAUUUUUUUUUAUUUUAGAUUGCAUUUAGAUUUAAAGAAACUAUGUGUGCGCCAUCAUCCUAUGGGUACGUGCGAUGUCUGAAGUCACGUUGGACCUAAGGGCACAACAAAAAGCACUUCUUUUUGCUGGUUUAGUUUUACAUGAUGUUUCUUAGCAGAAAAUAAUGACCUUGACUUAUCCAGUAGUGUUUUUUUUUAACAUAAAUUUGAUGGAAUGAUGGCCUCUUGGUUUCCAUUUAAAUGUAAAGUGAUCAAUCAAACAAUGUUACUGGAAACAUUUGUGUUCUAUUAAAUACCAUUUAUUUUUUUAUUAACUUGAUUGUUAUUAAAGGCUGCUCAUCAGGUUUGUCAGUGGCCCACUGGCCUUGUGAUCCAGCAAUAUUUUAAUGGUUCAGUGUUUGGUUGUAUCAGACAAAUAAUUGCUCCCACACUGCCCUCCUCCUUUGUGCUCAACACUUAUGGACCAAGUAAUGGCUUUGCAAUGAAAUAGUUUUGCCUCUAGGGGGCACUACAGUCCAAGCUGAGUCACAGUUACUGAAGUACUGGUGGGCAUUGAAGUCUCCUUAACAUCUUAACCCAAGUAUGUCAUAUAUUAUUAAUACUCUAUGAAUAAUGGAGGCCUGUAGAUUUGUGUUUUAAGAGUUUGCACAAAUGAUGAAGGAUAAGGAAGGUCAAUGCCAAAACUUAAUUUUUAUUUGAUGAAUGUUUAUUUAUUCUAUGAAUAGUUCAAAUGGCAGCAGUGGGCAAAAAAUACAAGGAAUUUAAGCUUUGCGGUCUUCAUCAGUGUGUGAUGCAACACGAUCUCUCCAUUUUUCAAGUCCACGAAGGAAGCAUAUGUGACAAUUCGUGUAACCAUUGGGUUGGCUAUACCCACUUAAUAUUUCCCAUGUAUGAUUAAAAAUCAAUCACAGCUGGCUGACACUAAAAAUUGUUUCAUGUGUUGGUGCAAAAUUUUAGAUAACACUGAGGAACAAACUAUUGCAACAAUUGCUUAUAUAAAAACCAACUGGGGAUCACCUUAAACCAGCCAAAGCCAAAUAAUAUACAAAUUAUAUACAGUGUGGCAGUGUAGUAUAGUGGUAAAGAGCAGGGAUAAUAACAAAGUGUGUGCAGAUUUGAUUCCCUGCAGGGGUACUGCAGCUGUACCCUUGGGCCAGGUACUUAACCCAGAAU